UCAUGACAGUUUGUUCCAUUCUGAAGUCUCAGGAAAGUUUGCGGAACUUUCUUCGCUGACGUCUGGCUCCUAAUGUGUUUUGGGGGGUUCGUCGGUCUGUCGGAACCCGGCUGGAUUUCACUUUGAGGCUGUGGAACUCUGGACACGAUGGAAUCUGAUUAAAUCGAGGACUUCCAGUUCCUGCCCGUCCCAACUGCUCUCUGUACAGCUACAAUGCGUAGGUUCGGGUCUGAGGGGUCCCUCCUGGACCUGGACUUUCUCCCUUGGAAGCAUGUGGAACUGAAGAGUUCAGGGUGUGAGAACUCUGGCACCUAUAUGCCUAACAUGGUGGAGGAUGAGUCCGAUAGCCAGACAGCCAUCCUGCCACCCAGCAACCAGCAGCCCAGAGAGAAUCCCAGCAAGGCGGCUAUGAGACGCCUGUCCAAAGAUCAGAGCUUCAGUGCAGAGGACCUGAGCCAGCUGGACAAGAACCUCCUGGCAGUGUGCACCCCGAGCGAGGGUUCCAGAGCCUUCAGGGAGAGCCAACUGGACCCGGACCAGGAAGACGGUGACACAAGUGUGGAGAGACAGCACCAUCCUCCAGCAUCUCCUUCAUCGCCUUCAUCUCUCUUCUUUUUGAAGUUCCACCACCGGCACCACAUGAAGCCCACGCUGUCAGCAGCUAAACUGCACCUCAAGAGUCUGUUUGGUCAGAGUCCGCAUUCUUCUAAUUCGGACCUCUUCACUGCAGAACACAACGAAAGUGUUGUGGAGCGGAGAUCUUGGCUGCUGUUCACGCGGCACUGGAGCCACGUGGGCCACAGAACGAAACUCAGCCGAGAUGAGUUGGAAAAAUGGGCGGAGUCUCUCAACAGCCUGCUGGCCAGUCUGACCGGUGUCUCUGUGUUUGGAGCGUUCCUGCGUUCGGAGUUCAGUGAGGAGAAUCUGCAGUUCUAUCAGGCCUGUGAACAGUACAAACACUCAUCCAACAGCUUCAGCCUCCAGAGGAGGGCCAAGCUCAUCUGUGCCACAUACAUCCAACCAGGAUCGCCCCGGGAGGUGAACUUGGACAGUAAAACCAGAGAUCUGACCAUCCAGCUGCUCCAGUCCCCAUCUCCUACGUCUCUGUCCUACGCACAGAAACAAAUCUACGCACUGUUGGACACAGACUGCUAUCCCCGCUUCCUCCAGUCCAACAUCUACCUGUCUUUACUCCAAGAGGCAGACUAGGAGGCAGGCAGCAGAGCAGAGAGAGCCGUGUAAGACCCGACCGGGACAGGAGGCGCGUCAUGGUCUGUGAACCGGUUUACAUAGCGGGUGAAUCAUUCAACAUCCUCCUUGUACACUGAAAAAAGGAAACGUGACUUAAAUAUGGACAUCUGUUGCACAGCAUGUGCCCGAAUAACAACCAACUAAAAAAACCUGUUACAUGCACACAUUGUGGUCAUGUGUAAUUAAAGUCCAUGUUUAAAUCAUGUGACUCCAACAGACUUUUGUUUGUGCACUUAAGGCUCCUGUUGUCCAACUCCUCCUCAGAGGCAGACAAGAAAAACUGGACGAGCAGGAUCAGGAUCAGUGCUGUAAAGGUCAAAGUGAUAUAAAUGAAUUAAAGGCGGUGAGUCACGAGUUAAAACACAAAAGGUCUCACUUGACUUUUGGUUUGAUAAGGAUUGAAUAGAAAGUUUGUUUAAUGUUGGUCAUGUAAAAGAACAAAAUGUGGUGUAGCUUUUAAAAUAAAGUUAAAUAGCUAAACAGUACAUUUGUCAUUUUGGAGGAUUUGAAGACAAAUAAAAUGUUUGUUUUUUUUUGGUC